GGGAAGGGGAAGAAUGGGCGCCCGCGUCGUGACUCUCACUUCUCGCGACAAGGCAGCAUACUCGGUUUGCUCCUCUACUUGCUUCACAUUGUUUGGUUGCCGGAUAUAUCUUUCUUUACACAUUAUUGUGCCCAGUCUUCGCUACCAGUCUUGUUCUGCCUACCUGGUGGGCUCCUCACCUGGUCUCGACGGGUCUACUGGCCAACGCGGUUCCGCCGUUCCCGAAAGCUUGAUCGGCCGGAUCGGUGCCUGGCAACUAUUGUCCUUGCCUCAUUGGAGGCUCAUCAUGCGCAAGUCUGAGUGUGCCCACCGUCUGCUUGAGUGACAGCACAGCCAGGCAGCAAGAUCGACCACCUGGCUGACUCGAUCAUCUUAAAAUAAUGUCGUGGUUCUUGUAUACU